GGAAAACCUUUUUUUUCGGAGGCAUUAUUACUCUGCAUUAAUUUGACUAUGAUUUACGGCCGGGUUAUGGGUGCCGGUAUCCAGAAUGCCUCCUACCUAUUACCUACUACCUACCAUGGAUGACUCCGGCUUUCCGAUGAAUGAGGUCAAUUUCUGGGACUCGGGAUUAUCAAUGUUCCUAUUUUUGUCUCGUUUCUUGGUGAUGGGGAUAAUAAAUAUGGCCUUGCGGACGGUGACGUCCACUGGGCGCUGCUUCAACAACACCAGAUUUAUUAUUCCCAAUUUCCACAGUCUUCCAUUGCUCUCAGUGAUCAAUCUUCUGAGAAGGACAGGUCUACCGUGUCUGUGUCUGUGUCUGCGUUCGUGUUCGUGACAAUAGAUCCGCCAUGUCCACCACCUGGACUCCCCCAAACACCUCGCGUCCCAUCACCCUGUUAGGCGCAGGAGUCCUGGGAAGACGUAUAGCCUGCAUCUUCGCUGCAGCCGGCUACAAUGUGAACAUAAGAGACCCGUCUGAACAAGCCCGCAAUGAUGCUCUCGAGUACAUCGGCAGCCAUCUCGACGAGUUCUCCCGCCUAUCCAAGGGAACGCGGACAUACGGCCAGUACGCCGCAUAUGCAGACAUCGACACCGCGGUCCGCGGUGCAUGGCUCGUCAUCGAGGCCGUGCCGGAGAAACUCGCACUGAAAAUAGAUACCAUGGGGGAAUUGGAUCAGAAGGCCCCCGAGGACUGUAUUUUUGGUUCGAAUUCCUCGUCAUUCAGAUCAGGGCUUAUGCUUGAUAAAGUGCGUCCGAGUCGGCGGGCUCAGAUCCUCAACACACAUUUCUGUAUGCCACCGGCUAUCCUCACGGUUGAAUUGAUGACGGAUGGUGAGACAAACCCGGAUAUCUUCCCUUUCAUGACGACUUUUCUGGAGGAUUGUGGGAUGUUGCCGGUGACGGCAAGAAAGGAGUCUACUGGACUCAUCUUCAACCGUCUCUGGGCCGCCAUUAAGCGUGAAAUCCUCUAUAUCCUCGCCGAAGGUGUAAGCGAACCAGCCGAAAUCGAUAAGCUAUGGAGCAUCAUGUUCGAAAACGGUCCGCCGCCCUGUAAAUUAAUGGACCAGAUCGGCCUCGACACAGUCGCAUUCAUUGAGGAUAACUACAUCCAAGAACGAGGGCUGGACGGAAACAUGACGGUGGACUGGCUGCGCGAGACAUACCUUGCAAACGGCCGUCUGGGACUAAAAAGCGACAAGGGCGGUCUUUACCCUCCCCAAUCCGGACCGUCCAUCUACUUCCUUGAUGUUGGAUUAGGGGAGAAUCUUCAGGAUCUCAGUAAGGUAGCAGUGAACGGCAAGAUCCUGGAGAAGAACGCCAAUGGAACCGUUAGAACCAUUGUUGCGAACCAGAGUCUACCGGAUGGAAUCGAUGUGUCCAGGUCGAAGGGCCGCAUGUUCUGGACGAACAUGGGCAGCCACACAUCCACGUACGACGGCUCGGUGCACUCUGCUAAACUGGAUGGAACAGACAUCCAAACCCUUAUUCCUGCUGGCGGGGUGCAUACACCGAAACAGCUCGUGGUAGAUGAGAGCCACAAGAAAGUGUAUUUCUGUGACCGCGAAGGAAUGGGCGUGCACCGUAUUGAUUUUGAUGGGAAGAAUCAUGAAAUCCUCGUCCGGCGUGGAGACGCUAGAACCAGCGAUAAGGAGGAUAUGACCAGAUGGUGCGUGGGUAUCGCUGUCGACAGUCAGGCUGGAAAGAUCUAUUGGACACAGAAGGGGCCCAGCAAGGCUGGUAAGGGCCGGAUCUUCCGUGCAAACUUGGAUAUUCCUGCUGGCGAGACUGCGUCGAAUCGCUCCGAUAUCGAGUUACUGUUUGAAGGACUUCCUGAGCCCAUCGAUCUGGACCUAGACGUGGAUUCUCAGGUAUUGUACUGGACAGAUCGUGGUGAACAUCCUACCGGUAGCUCUUUGAACCGCGCCCCCAUCGGAUCAGAGACGAAGGCUGGGAAACCCGAGAUUGUUGCCAGGCAUUUCCACGAGCCGAUCGGUCUUAAACUCGACCUUGCUCGGCAGCAGGUCUACGUGACUGACCUGGGUGGAUGUGUAUAUACGGUGAAUGUUGAUGGCUCUGGAAAGAAGACUAUUCACAGCGAUAGCGGUUGUUACACUGGCAUUACCCUGGCAUGA